UCCAACCCUAAAAGCCCUACCUCUCUCCGCUUCAAAUUCAAGAAGAGAAUUAUUAUACUGUAAUGGAGUUUUAUUAUUAUCGUUAUUUCCCAAGGGAGAUUCUGUUCGAAAUACUCACCCGGCUUCCGGCCAAAUCCAUACACCGUUUCAACUGCGUCUCCAAACUCUUCCGGUCCAUCAUAGCCGACCCCCACUUCGCCGAGGUGCACCACCGCCGCUCCUCCGCCCGUCCCGGCGGCGUCAACAUCCUCCUCGCCCUUCCUUCUCCCCCGUGCAAGCACGAAUUCUACGCCAUAAACUACACCGACCCAUCAAUCCAAGAAAAGAUCCGAUUUUUGGAGGGCCCAGACUUCGAAAACCUGACCAAUCCGCCGGCGGCUGCGAACGGGCUGGUCUGCCUGUCCAACAACGACGGCGACGUCGCCGUCUGUAACCCCAGUACGAGGCGCCACGUUUUCCUCCCAACAAGACGUUUUGUGCGGCGGCGGCCUUCCCAGAGCUACGCUCUGGUUGUUCUGGGAUUCGACCGGGGUUCCGGGAAAUACAAGGUUUUCAUGUCGGAGAUGAAGAUGUGGGGUGGACUGAUUAUGAGGCGACAUUCCGUGUUUACCCUUGGAGUGGAUAAAUCAUGGCGAGAGGUCUGUGUGCACCCAAAGUGCAUGGUGGACUCUCUCUUUAUUAUCAGCUUCCCUGAUGAGAGCGUUCAUGUGGACGGUGUUAUCUACCUAAUAAGUUGGAUGAAGAAACAAGAAAUAAUUGCUUUUAGAGUUGGGGAUGAGGACAUGCGAUUGAUGCCCUUCCCAGAUAUUGAUCAUCGUACGCUACAUUUCCAAAGCUAUAUGAUGAUGAUACUGGCAUCACGGUGGAUAGAACUGGACGGUCGACUCGCUCUCAUCAACGUUCAUCAUGAGGCAGGAGAGAGGAGUAAUAUGGAUGUAUGGACUUUGGAGAAAUCAAGAAUGAGAUGGGAGAAGAUAAGUGUUUCUAUUCCAUUGGAAGAGAGUAUGAUGAUAAAGAAAUCUCUUUCCAUUGCCUUUGCAACCACUGGUUUUGGGGAAAUUGUAGUGUCAAUUCAAGAAGGCCACUCUCUGUGGGUUUUGCUUUAUGCAUAUAGAAGACAAGUGUGGAGAAAGAUUGAAGUGUGUAAACUUGUUGGUUGUGUUAGUUUUUAUGUCAAUGAUCGUUUGAAAACCAGUGUGGAUGUAAUACACGAGAAUUUAUACUUUUUUGAGAAUUGAAAUGAAUGGAAUUUUCUUUA